AUGCGUCUACUCCGAAUGCAGCAGCCCUUGAGGGCCGCUGCCGCCGGUCUCCUCCGGCCGACGGUCCUCCCGACCCAGCAGCCCUCCGUCGUGGCAGCCGCGAAUGCCCUCGUUGCCGGACGCCGAUACGCCUCCGUCAAGUCGCAGGGUGCCUACAAGCUGCAGCCCAAGAGGACGAUACCGAAGAAGCUGGGAGCGAAGCGGACGGGUGACCAGUAUGUCAUCCCCGGCAACAUCAUCUACAAGCAGCGCGGCUCCCUCUGGUGGCCCGGCGAGAACUGCAUCAUGGGCCGCGACCACACGAUCCACGCCAUGGCCUCGGGCUACGUAAAGUACUACCGCGACCCGGCGCGGCACCCGGACCGCAAGUACAUUGGCGUCGUCUUCAACAAGGACGACGUGCUGCCGUACCCGACGCACGCGGAGCGCAAGCGCAAGCUCAACAUGGCGGCGCACCCGAUCUCGAAGCCCGUCGAGACGCCCGCCGUGUCCGCCUCGGGCAUCCCGACGCAGGUCGUGCGCGCGGCGCCGCGCACGACCAAGGGCGUGGCGACGCAGCCGCCGCGCGUGCUGAAGCUGCGCGACGACUACUCGUACCGCGAGGACAACUGGCGCAUCGGGCGCCUGGUGAAGCUCAAGACGGGCGGGAUGAGCCGCAAGGCGCGGUUCAGGCAUAAGCGGUGGGCCAAGGAGAAGAUGAUGACGGGGCAGAGGGCGGCGGCGGCCAAGUUUGCGGACAUGGAGAUUGACGAGUGGACCAUUGCGGCGAGCAAGAGGCUCCAGGAGCAGAGGAACGCUGCCAGCCGGGCCAAGAACGUCAAGGCGAAGCAGAAGGCUGCGAAGAAGGCGGCCAAGGCCCAGAAGGCGAAGCGGUGA